UGGAGGCAUGGAUGUGACAAUUCAUGCCAAUCGACUGUCCGUCCAUCAGGCUGUGACAAAUAUAAUACAUUCACGUGCACAGGUGCUCUCCAUCCACUGAUGCAUUCCACAUUUGUGUCCGUGCCAAGAUGGCAGCUUUGGUCGUGCGACGCAUCUCGCAACUCAUGAGUUGCGAGAGCGGCUCAUGACCAUCGCUGCCGCAGUGGCGCCGGCACAACAGGAAUGCACUGUGUCGCGCAAAAGUACGUCAGUGACUGCCUGACUCUCUGUACACAAGCAGGAGGCCGCUAGAGAUGAAAUCAGUGGGAAGAACAGUGGGAAGAACAGCCAAUGAUACGACAGGGCGAUCAUUCGACACCGAACUUCCGCCUGAGCUCCGCGAGCUCCUCCUUCUGCUUCUCGGCGUCCUUUUUCUUCUGCAGCUUCGCCGCAUUGUAGUAUAAGACAACGAGAUACCUGUGACGACACAAGCAACGCACGUGUGGUGCAGUGGCACGUGCAUUCGAGCGGUCUUUUUCCCUCGUGUGGUUCUGACCUGCCGGCGACGUGGAAGCCUGACAGGUGGUCGACGGCGUUCUUGGCGUCAUAGAUGUCCUCAUACACGACAAACGCCGUACCCCUCGUGUCGGGAGCGUUGCCUCUGAUGCGCAGAGGACAGGACACAUCAAGGAAGGAGGAGGUGAUGCCCUGCUAUCACUGACACAUGCACACGUGGUCCUCCUCACUUGCGUAUUUGCCGUAUUGGUCCGUAUUUGCCGAAUAUGUCGUACAGCUCCUCAGCUGUGAUCUUGUAGGGCAGAUUCCUGACGAGACAACGACACGGAGAAGCAUGGUGGGUGCGGGCACGUUUGGCGUGAUGUUGCUGCUGCGCUCACCUGACGUAGAUGAUCCUGUUGACCUCUGGCGGCAGCCUCACCUUCUUGCCGCUCAUAGUGAAUCUGAGUAACGUGAGUUCACAGAGCUAUAUCGAAUGGAAUUGUCAGAAAGCGCUGCU